AAGAAGUAAAGUCAUGUUGUAGAAGUGAUAGUACUCAAAUUAACUAGAAAGGAGUACUGUCCUGGAAACUUACUUUUCUUCAGUCAUUCUAGGGCCAGUUUAGUUUUGCAUUUACCAUGUGUUUCCCUUCCCUAGGUGCCAUUUCCAACAAAUCUUUUACAGACCCCACCCAAGUUCUCUCUUUAGCCUUACUCCACCUUCUGCUACACUUACCACUUCUGACCUCACAAUCCCUCACCUCAGGCCCCACCUCUAGAGAUGCUGGUUAUCCACAACUGCCAAUAGCUUUCUCCUAUCUGCCCAGUCUGGGCCUCCUCAGCCUGUGAGGUCCAUCUGCCCCUCCAGUUUCUUAACCCUAUGGGCCCAUCUGCCCUCCCCACCAGGCCAGCUAGAACACUCUCCUUUCAGAAAACUCAACAAGGUGCUCUCUGGAGAGUGAGAUGAUCUUGAGAGCAUGUUUAUCAUCAUCAAACAUGGAGAUAAUCAGCAGUUUCUAGUUAAUACCAAUUGCUCUGUCCUCCUGUUGAUGCAUUAUAUCUGCUCUAAAGUGGACUUGCAUAAACAAGACAUCAUCGAUUUGUGUGAUGAAUCGGGGACAAUGAAGAUGUUUUUCAUGAUGAAGACCCCUGGAGAAUAUGCCAGCAAAUUCCUUACAACUCUUAACACUUACUACGUUUGUAAGAUGGAGCAUGGGGUACCAGAAACCAGAAUUGAGAAUUCCUACAUAGCUAUUGUGCCUCUCCUGAAGAAUCCAGAACCCGAACUGGUUGAUGUGCUUUGCACACAGUGUGAGAUCUUAGAGAGGAACCGAGUGAAGAUGCUUAAAAUCCUAGAAGCCAAGCGGGUCCCUGCAAUUCAAUCCACUGUGAACCUCCCAGUAAGAGUCCUCAAAUGUGGCUGGUCCUCUUCCCACCAGCAAACUGAAUAUUCCUCCCUUCUGCUUAAGGAAUUGAAUUUCCUUUCUGAAUCCAUGUCUCCUUUUGUCCAUUACCUUCCCAGCAGGGCCUCUUUGUUUAUCUACUUGUUUUGCCUUUCUAGUCCAAAUCUGGAGGAACACAAGCCCCCUCCCCCUUCUCAAAAGGGCCUGCACUAUAAGACCAGAGUAGUAUUUCAGGGUCAGAGGAACAGACAUCGAUAACUCAAUAAACUGACCAAGUGAGAAAAGUAUUCUGGGUAUGAAAUUCCUAGAAUUUAACAUGUUCCUUCUUUCUUUUUUUCUUUGGGUACUGGGGAUUGAGUUCAUGGGUACU